UGAUUCGUCCUGCACGAGUUCGACCGUCACCUCUGACGAAGUCAUUUCGGAGGAGGCAGAUGAUGGCGUUGGUGGCAGCGGCAGCGAACGAGCCAUCUCUACCCGGUCAAACUCACAGUCGAGUUUUGCGGGAUACGAUAGCAAUAGGGAUGACGAGUCGAUUGCUGAUCCGUACACGUAUACCGAUCAGCGUCAUCUCGAAGGUGAUGAGCUGAUCAACGUGGAAGACGAUAGUAUGCUUACAGUGCAAGAGAUUUCGUGGGACAUCUAUAUCGCGGGAAUCUACACAAACAAUCUCACACCUCCAACGCUCGAUUCGUCUAUUCCGCGUCGUGACCCUUCUCCCCCAUAUCCUACUUGCGUUUUACGUGGGCUCGCCACGAUACAUUAUCCAAUGCAUCACCUGGUCCGCCGCAUACCUCGGGCUACAAUGGUGGCUCGGUCGGGGGCGACCUGGACAGGCUCCUUGAUGCUCCUCGGCGCACUCAUGGAAUGGUGCAUCACCGAAUCACCGAUUACCACUGAAUUAGAAAUGGAGAAGAAGCCGAGGGGUGUAUCGAAGGGGCAUGGCGCGAGAAUCGCCGAGCUUAUCUCUAGUGUCGCCGGCACUCUCAAGAGAUUGCUCCUCUGGAGCCUUGCACUCACGAGUGGCGUUCUCUUUUGUGGAUUCUAUACCUCGCUGGACCGCGACGACCCGUUCAUACUCUUGAUGGUCGCCUUUGCCGCCUUUUCGAUCCCGCCAACCAUAGCCACCAUGACCCAGCGACUAUACCGCGUCGUCCUAGUCGCCAGUCGCUUUCGACAGACGGCAAUCAACAACGGGACCUCGAAUUGCCACGUCUGCCUAUCUCAUGCUAUGGAACGACGUGGACGCGCACCAAAUCUUUGUGUGCGCGAUCCAUCUUCUCCAUCGGUACCACUGGAACCGAAGAACGAGCUCGCGCAAGGCGACUCAAUUGUACGAUCAGAAAACAAUGAUCAAGAAACUUUGUACGGUAUAUUCUCGUUUGAAUCGUCAUGUAAAAAUCACAUUGCCUCCUAUGCUAUUCACUUGUGCCCUCUUGUGCCCACAAUCCUCCAUGAACCUCCUCAGCUGCACACGAUAACCGAAAGAUACCCCCAGCCUCAUUACGGUUUUCUCUGCGAGUAUCAGGUCGAACAAAGGCUAACUGACAUGGAGUUGUUGCAACAUCAGGAAAGCAUCGAGAUUCCCAGCCUCGUUACGUUCGUUCUUGCGGACCAAGGAGAUGUUUGA